AUACAUUUGUUGGAUAUAUAUAGUGUAAAACAUUAAUCUUAUAGUUGAUACAGAUUUUAUCAGGUAAAAGCCGCAUCCUGUGCAAAUCAAGAGGUAAAUGCUCUCAUAACGUCCCCCAGCCAACGUGUUACGUCACGUGAGACGCCACCGCCACGCGUGACGUAGUGAGCCAUCUGGCCAAUAGACGAUCUUUGCACGGAAAGUGGAAAGUUCUACGUUCUGCGCACGCGCUCCCGGGAUUAAUGUCAAGGCACAAAAGUGGCGCUACACCGUUUCGAGCUCUACUCCGGUGGUUGCCUUAGCGAUGGACGGGGACUCAGAACCAAACCCUGCCGUAGCAGAAGAGGCAGGGGAGCGGGUGGAGCCCAUGGAUGCCACUCCCUCCCAAGAGCAACAGACCACACCCCCCUCGGAGGAGGCCGAGGAGGCAGUUUCCAUGGUAACAGAAGAAGAUGGAGCCACAAAGGAGGGCAGCACAGAGGACAAUGAUGAUGAUGAUGUGGUUCUCGUAGGGGAGGAGGAUCCCCAGCCUUCUGCCACAGCCCUCUCCCAGGACACGCCCAGCACAGACUGCCUAGAGCUGGCUGCUGCCGUGGCAACUGUAGACAUGUCCACGGCAGAGAUGCCCUCCGUGACCCCCAGUUCUCCUGCGUCUUCCAGCACAUCCACAGCAGCGGCAGCACCUCCGAAACCUCCAGCCACAGAAGCAGAGCCCAUUGUCAUUGACGAUGAGGAGGACUCUGAGCAGAAAGACACUUCCUCCUCCUCACCAGCGCACCCUGGAGGCUCCUCAGAAUCCCACUCGCCAGGUGUACUCAGCAGCACUGAGCCAGAUUCAGAGAUCAGGAUCGCCAGUGUCACCACACUGGGCUCCAGUAGCCAGAAAGGAAGCGCCACAGCUUCUGCAGUAAACACACCGCCACAUCCAGCGGACGCACAGGAAGACAUGAACCUGAUGAUAACCUCAGUGACAUCACUGCAGGGUGGGGCAGCGGCUGUCACAGCGGCAGGUGAAGGCCAGGCAGAGGAAAAUGGUCUGCAGAUUAGCAGUGCAUUCAGCCUGAAUCCCGACACCCCAUCUGGUCGACCAACAUCCUCCUUCAACCCCGGGAGGGGCUCAGGCCCCAUGGGCCAGCUGGUGCAGAAUGGAGACACGGGAACGCACAACAGAGCAGACUCGUGGAUCUCUCAGUCAGCGUCGGUCCCCCGCAACCAAAAACAGACAGGGGUCGACUCUCCGUCACCGGCCACCUCCCUGCCCAAACCUCCAGGCCAGUCUUCCUCAUCUACUUCCUCCUCAGGCUCCCAGCCACAGCCCAGGACAGUCAAGGUGACGUGUGCCAACUGUAAAAAGCCUCUGAAGAAAGGCCAAACGGCCUACCAGCGCAAAGGCUCCACACACCUGUUCUGCUCCACCACCUGUCUCUCUGCCUUCUCACACAAACCCGCCCCCAAGAAGAGCUGCACCAUGUGCAAAAAGGACAUCACAAACAUGAAGGGUACCAUCGUGGCGCAGGUUGACUCCAGCGAGUCUUUCCAGGAGUUCUGCAGCACGGGCUGCCUCGGCGCAUACGAGAACAAGCAAAACCCGCCCAAAUCAGGCCUCAAAACCAAAUGUACUGUCUGCGGCAAGCUCACAGAGAUCCGACACGAGGUUAGCUUUAAGACUGUGACCCACAAGAUCUGCAGCGACACGUGUUUCAACGUCUACCGCAGGGCCAACGGGUUGAUCAUGAACUGCUGCGAGCAAUGCGGUGACUACCUUCCCAGCCGAGCGUCAGCAAACCACUUCCUGCUGGUCGACGGCCAACAGAAACGCUUCUGCUGCCAGAACUGCAUCAGGGACUACAAGCAGGCCCACAGUAAACUUGCGAGCUGCCUGACCUGCAAAACGCUGAUCAAGACGGGCGAGGUGCUGCACAGCCUCGGAGCGGGCGGCACCAUGGGCUCCUACUGCUCCGUCAACUGUAUGAACAAGGGCAAGCUGGCGACGACCUCCUUCAUCAACACAGAGCCCACAUGUCACUUCUGUAAGAGGAAUUCAUUACCGCAGUACCAGGCCACGCUGCCAGAGGGAAACAUCCUCAACUUCUGCAGCUCGCAGUGUGUCACCAAGUUCCAGAAUGCGACUCUUCAGACGGCAACUAACGGACAGACGCCCCUCUCCACCACAAACAACACCGUCCAGCUGAAAUGUAACUACUGUCGAGGAGCUUUCAGCUUGAAGCCCGAAAUCUUGGAGUGGGAGGAUAAGGUUUACCAGUUCUGUAGUAAGACGUGCUGCGAGGACUACAAGAAGCUCCACUGCAUUGUGACGUUCUGUGAGUACUGCCAAGAGGAGAAGACGCUACAUGAGAUGGUCAAGUUCUCAGGAGUCAAGAGACCCUUCUGCAGCGAAGGCUGUAAGCUGUUAUUUAAGCAGGAUUUCAUCAGGCGACUGGGUCUGAAGUGUGUCAGCUGUAACCACUGCAACCAGCUCUGCAAGAGAGGUUUGACCCGGCAGCUUGGCGGCAUGACCCGGGACUUCUGCAGCGAAGCCUGUGCCAAGAAGUUCCACGACUGGUACUACAAGGCGGCGAGGUGCGACUGCUGUAAGGUGCAGGGUAACCUGACGGAGUCUGUGAUGUGGAGAGCAGAGAUGAAGCAUUUCUGUGACCAGGAGUGUCUGUUGAAGUUCUACUGCCAACAGAACGAGCCCAUCAUGGUGACACAGAAAGGCCCUGAGAACACCACACUGGGGUAUGAAAUGCAGGGGGCCAAACUUGGGCUGGUGAACCAGGGUACUGUGGCGUACGCUGGUGGAGGUUUGAUAAGAGAUGUCAAGAACAAGGCGGUGCUCUGUAAGCCGCUCACACUGACGAAGGCGACGUACUGCAAGCCACACAUGCAGAGCAAACUCUUACAGACAGAUGUAGACGAUGGCGUGAAGAGGGAGUAUAUUCCUGUACCCAUACCUGUACCUGUCUUCAUCCCCAUUCCCAUGAACAUGUAUUCCCAGGUCACUCCCACGCCAGUCUCUCUGCCUGUACCGGUUCCUGUGCCUGUGUUCCUGCCCACCACCCUGCAGGGGGCGGAGCAGAUCGUCCAGACCAUCAAUGAGCUGAAAAACAAGGUGCCCUCUGACCCCCUGGAGGCCGACCUGAUCUCCAUGGCUGAGAUGAUCGCAGAGGACCAGAAGCCAGAUGUGAAGCCAGUGAUGGUGAAGAGUGAGCAUGGAGGGAAGGAACCCUCUAGCAGCAGCUCUGAGGAAGAGGAGAAGAUGGAGGAGGAGAGGAUGGAGGAAGAGGUGAAGGUGAAGGAGGUGAAGGUGAAGGAGGAGGACGAAGAUGUGUACGAGCCCGACCUGGACCUGGAGGCAGACUUCCCUCAAGGACAUAAUUCUCUGUCAAGAGCAGAAAUAUUGCUGAAUGCAAUGGUAGGAGACAUCUCAGACGUGGAGGACUUGUCUGAUUGUGAUGAUCCUGGUGUGGAACAACUAAGCUACGAAGAGUGUAUGCCACCUUAUUCACCAGAAUCUGAUCAGCAGAGCAGUGACGAUAGUGACUGUGAGCCACAAGUCCAUCCAUCUGAACAUGUGCAGAGAUCCAGAGGACCUGCGUGUAUAAGUGUUGACAUUGAUAACGAGCCAGGACCUAGUGAAGACGGACAUGGAGAGCGCUGGCAGUCUGGUGCUUUUACUCCGAACUUAGUUAAGUUUGAGUUUUAUGAUGAAAGGCUAUAUGAGCGACAAGACUGGCAGCCUCUGGACUAUGUGGAGCAGUACAUCGACACAGACUUGAUGAAACACAUUGCUAUCUGUACAAAUGCUAUGUCACUGUCUACCAGUGGUGGCUACCUCAACACCUCAGUUGAUGAGAUAUAUCAUUUUUUUGGAGCAACCAUUUUGAUGUCAUGCGUGCCUUACCCACAGAUGAGGAUGUUCUGGUCCAAUGCCUUACGAAUCCCUGCCAUUAGCGACAAAAUGAGGCGCGACAGAUUUUUCAAACUGAGGCAACAUCUAAAAGUCGUCAUUGAUGAUGAAAUAUCAGAAGACAUGAGACAAACUGACAGAUUUUGGAGGACGAGGCCUUUUAUGGAUCGCAUUCUCAGAGGCUGCUUGCUUCAGGCUCGACCAGAAUGUGUGUCCGUCCAUGAGCAGAUGAUCCCGUUUACAGGAGCCUGUCCGUUUCGACAGUAUGUACCACAAAAGCCCAAUUCAGUUGGCAUGAAGAACUUUGUGCUGGCUUCGUCCGAUGGCAUUGUGCUGGACUUUGAAGUCUUUCAAGGUGCAGACGCACUGAGUUCACAGGUUCGGGAAGCGGGGGGCCUGGGUUUGGGAGCCCUGGUUAUUGAACAUUUGGCUAAAACUCUGCGUCCUGGUACAAAAGUAUACUGCGAUCGCUUCUUCACAAACAUGAGAGUAGUGGAUCAAAUGCUGGAGAGGCAUGUGUACCUGACAGGUACGGUAAAGAAAAACCGGAUCACCAAAGCGCUGCAGAAGCUACCGAGUGACCAAACCAUGAAACAGCAAGGAACAGGAACCUCUGCGUCAGUUACCAGGGAAGAUGGGAGAGUAUGUGUAGUGAAGUGGUUUGACAACAAGCCAAUGUUGAUGCUCUCUGCUGUUCAUGGUGAACAGCCAGGAGACACCCGGCAGCAAUGGUCCAAGAAGGACAAACGACACGUGACUGUCACACGACCAAGUAUUGUGUGCGAGUACAACUCCAAGAUGGCUGGGGUUAACUUGGUAGACAGGAUGAUGAAUUACUACCAAAUGAGCGUCCGAACCAAGAAGUGGACGAUUCGGAUGCUGAUGCACUUCACUGAUCUCGCUUUAGCCAACAGCUGGCUCUUGUAUCGGCGAGACAACACUGAACGUGGCACGCCAAGAGAGGGCAUAAUGCAGUUCCUUGAGUUUCGCAUGGCAGUGGCUCAGGCAUACCUGGCCAAGUGUAACUCUGAUGUCCAACAUGUAUUCGAAGAGAACGUACACCUUUUCCAACAACAAGGCAAAAGACAUCAGGUCGCUCCAGUACCUCACGUCUCAGUUCGCACAACCUCUGCUGCACAUCUCCCAGAGGUGGUCAACAUGAAGAACUCGAUGCGCUGCAGAGAGAAAGGCUGCUCUGGGAAGUCUCGUGUGCGGUGUGUGACAUGUAAUGUGUUUCUGUGCUUGCAACAUGAACGCAACUGUUUUGCAGCGUUUCACACAAGCCAGUAUGUGUGAUACAGAAAGGACAUUCCCAGUCUGGAGUAUGGAGCAAGGAAAAUUCACACAGAGAUUCACAACGAAAAAAUUACAAGGCUUUAUGUUGCAUUGUUUGCAAUUUUGUUUUGCACAGCCACGUUCAGGCAUCGAAACGAACAGUUCUGAACAGUUUUAUACCUGAACAGUGACAAUGGACAACAGUGAAGAUGAACACUUUAAUACUUUGUAACACACUGGUGACUCUAACAUGUAAUGUGUUCCUGUGAUUGCAAACUCAACACAACUGUUAUGCAGUAUUUCACACUGGCCGAUAGUUGUGACGGACUCUUGCUGCAAACAAAAAGGACAUUCCUAGCUUGGAGUAUCAAGUGGAGCCACAGGAUUUGCCCCAAAAAAGAUGUUAAAUUAUUUUUAAAAAUCAUGAAAAUCAGGUAUCGCAAUAUGAUUGGCGUUUUUGUGGGAAUGGUAAUUUUUGCAUUUUAUUUUCACUGAAAAAAAAUAUAUAAAAAUGAUGAUGAUGUGAUUUUUGUUGGGGUCUGUACCAAACAAGCAUGUUCCUUUAUGCCUGGAUUAUGAUUUGUAGGCCAGAGCAUCUCUGUAGCACCACAAUGCUUCAUUUAUAAUGGUAGCUUCUGCAAUUUAGAUAUUGCUAGGGCUGCCCCGUGAAAGUCAGAGAUUCGAAUCAUAAGUCGGAGAGAUUGGCCCUGGGGACGUUUUGAUCCCAAGAUUUUGCUGCGGAGUGAGCACUCUUGACUUUCACGCUACUUUCUGCAGACAGCUGUGGACAUGAUGCAGCGACACAGAGGAGGAGAGGCUCUGAGACAACAUUAUGUGCUCUUUUGCUUAGAAGUGGUGAAUUCAAAGCUCGCCGUAACUAAUGAUACAGUCUUUGGCUUUUAUUUGAAUUUUAGUGUCGGCAAAAAAUGUUGCACAUUUCCGAUCUGUCAUUAGCGCAGUUAGCUUGUUUACUAAAUUACAGAAACGCUGCUGUCAAACUGAAGGUCCCACUGAGCCUGUUCAAAUUUUAAAACUCCACAUGGGGAAAAAUGAAUUGUGAGUAUUUGUAUUGAACAGCCAAAUCUGAUUCAACCGACUUAACUCUGAGUCGGGUGAAGCCGGAGAUAUUGCACUUGUCUGUGUUGCAAUUUCGAUUAUAUUUGAUUAAUUGUGCAGCCCUAGUGUGGAGCGAGGAAAAUAACCAUACAGAGACAAAACAAAUAAAUCACAAGGCCUUAUGUUGCACUUUGUAAUUUUGUUUUUGCACAGCUACACUCAGUGACAUGAACAGUUUUGAAUGGUUUUACUCUUGAACAGUUUUAUACUGGUGACUUUGACAUGUAAUGUGUUCCCAUGCUUGCAAACUGAACGCAACUGUUUUGCACCAUUUCACAUAGACCCAUAGGUGUGACAGGCUGCUCCUAGUUUGGAGUAUGGAGCAAGAAAAAUUCACAGAGUUGCAGCAUUGUUUGCAAUUUUAGUUUUGCACAGCAGUGGUUAGGCAUUGAAAUAAACAGUCUUAGUCUUAAUACUACACAGGUGAAUAUAUUGUGUUAUACAGUGAAAUAAACCCAACGUCCACAUAUGAGGACGACUUCUGUUUUUCAUAAACUACUUCCUUUACAAAGACAAUGCUUAGUUUGUUAUACUUAUCAGGUUCUACUUAUCCCAGAUAGCCAGGAGAAAUUACAAAUGCAUACCAUUCACAUUCUGGAGUCUCUAAUGCAUUUUUACCAUCUGUUGUUGAUUUCAUGUUCUACAUAAAGCCUGGUGACACAUUUACAAACAUGAAAUCAGUCUCAUAUGUUCAUGUUUUCAGAAAGCUAUCAUGACACUAAGAAUUACAAAUGUUGUAUACUUGCACACUUCACAUCAGUGAUACUCAACUUAUGGCCUGUGGGACAGAUUUUACCUGCGACAGCGUGCUGGGUGACCCUUGGACCAUUUUUCCAUUCACAAUGAAAAUAAGUUGAUUAACAAUUUUUGGUACUUCGAAUGUAAAAAGUGCCAGAUUGCAUAAAAAUCAAUCAUAAACCUGACGUGGGGGUGCUGCGAUUGGAUUUGCCUAAUUUAUUCAUCACAUUUGAUCAUUAUUAGAAAUGUUAAUUUAUUGACUAGCACCUGGCCUCGCAUCUUUUUGCAAAAUGGCCCCUGGGAAAAGCAAGUUGAGUAUCCCUGCUGCACAUUCAAGACAAAAAAAAAAACGUACUUUUUCACAUUGUUACAUCAUCAGUUUUGAGAAAAAUGACCCUCCUGAAAGGUGUCACAUUAAAGAUUAAAUGAUGUUACAAUAUCAGUUAAGGCAUUUCGUUUCAGGACUUUUUAAAUCAUGUUAAUUUAAAAUUUUAGGAGGGGUGAAUGAAGGGGUUUUCAGUUGGUUGCAGUGUGCAGCCUCACCACUAGAUGUCACUAAAUCCUACACACUGCACCUUUAAUUCCAGUCAGUUUGUCUCUCAGUCUGUGUUUAUGUUUCCUUUUAUUCAUUCAUUCAUUGUGUUGCGUAAGGCAGCUCUUAUGUAACAACAUGUGACCCCCCUGAGGUGUUAAUGGAUCAGUACAGUAAUUGAGAUUAAAAUUCCUCCCUCUGGAUAUUUCUGGGCCUGCUGUCACUUCUACUGUCAGGGCAGAGGGUUGAAGGUUGUUGUACUGAGUCCUUAACCAGGCCAGGACUAAGACAUGCUUUUAUUUUUAUCUUUAUUUACUCUCACUGACCUGGUAUAACACGCUUCAGCUGAGCCACACUCAUACAUACUUAAACUGUAGGUUGACUCAUGAUAUUAUGGCCUUUCUUGGAAGCAGAGCCAAAAUGUGGUGGUGGUCCUCGUCUCAGACUAAGAAAGCCACAUUUUAAAAACUCUCACUGUGCUUUCAGUGCUUUUGUUUUUAUCUUGUGUCUGUGGUUUGAAUUUUUGUUCCAUGUUUGCCCUGCUGUAUGUAGCAGAAAUAAUGCAGGGUCGAAAAAUGAUAAGGUUAUAUAUAAAGAGUGUAACUGAAUACCUUAAAUGUGUUUGGUAAAUGUCUGUGUUGUGUGUUUAAUAAACUGGA